UCGACGCGAUCAUCCGCGCACAUCUCUCUCCGCAGCCAUGAAACUAUCAAUAUUUCUUAUUGCGGUAAUUUCGACUGCGUGGGCGCAAACGCGAAACAUAGAGAGACCCGGUCGCGCCCCGCAAGGGCAAGUCAAGUACGACGAAAUUGAUGGCUCGCGACUCAACUGGAAAUUCGUCAACCCGGAAACCCAAUGGCGACCACAACUGGCGAACGCCCAGAGGCCCCAACGCGCCGAGGGUGGCUCGUCCCAGCGUCUUCGACAGAUUCAGCAGCCAGCUCCUCAGCAUCGUGCACCGGCGCCGCAACCUCAACCUCAACCUCAGCAGGUCCAACAGGUCCAGACCCCGCAAUACUACAGUUACAAGCCGUAUUCUGCGGUACCAGGUCACAUCAGGCAGCUGAUCGAGUCGAGCUAUCAGCCACAGGCUCCCUACGUUGAUCCCUCGUCCUUCCUCUACGGAGGUGGAUAUGCGUUGGAGCCCAGCUCGGCUGCUUCCGACAUUCCUCGAGGUGCUUAUCUGCAACCAUCGGCGAGAUACCAGACGAUCGAUCCGAGAUAUAAUGAUCAGAUAGAGCGUCAAGAUAGCGUCGUCUACAGGGAGGAUUACGAGCAGCAACAACAACAGCAGGAACAACAACAACUCGCGACGUCGCCCUUAGGAGCUCUGCCAGCUCCUCCGGCACCCACGUUAUACCUCGAUAAAAAUAUGCCUACGGAGCUCAAGCAGUUGUUACAGUAUCAGGCGCAGAUACCAUAUGACGUCACAGCGAAUCGCAUCCAGUACAGGCCGAAGAAUAUCUUCAUCCCUAAGCCGUUGGGUGACGACGUCAAGGGACCUUAUAACUAUCGUAGUAAGAUUUAUUAUUCGGAUGAAGAUAACGUUGACACGGGAUAUUCACAGGAAAAGCCGGUCGACGAGGGACAGCAACAGUAAUUGUCUGGCCUUUAAUGAUUGUAUAAAUUGAUAUUUUGUCUCGCUUUUUGAAGAGGAAUGGCUAGGUAUAAUUUCAAGACUCGCUCGAAUCGAAUUCCAUUUUCAUUGAUAGAAAUGGCUUUCAGCGUUCUAGCGUCAUUAGGGCUUUAUUAAGAGCAUUUUGAGGCGCUUUAAAUUAUUGCGGCGUUUAUGGACGCUUUAAUGAUACAUUAUCUUGCACCGUGUAUUUUCCCAACGAUGAUUUUGUUGGAACUAGAUGGAGUAAUUAGAAGGAGUAGUUAUUCGAUUUAAAAUUAAUGUAAAACAAUUCGUUUAAAAAAAAUCAAACAAAUAU